UAAGGAAACACCAUCAAAUGGUAUACAAACGGUUCCAAGCAGGAAUAUUUGGGCCAUGGUCUGACGCUCGGAGCCAAUGGGCAAAGAACCAAGCAUUUUUCAAGCGGAAUUGCAUGCAAUCGAAAGAUGCCUGCAGUUCAACCUGAACAGAGGAUAUUGGAAACGAGACAUUAUAAUAAGCAGGUACCAAAGCAUGCAAAGUAUGGGAAUGUCUUCAAAAACUCAAAGAAAUAGAAAACUUGGAUGCCUGGACGCAUGAAGCUUGAGGGCAACUGAUGCACAGACACACUUGCGAGAAAAAAGAAGAGAACUGGCUAGAAACCAACAAUAGCUAAAACAGGCACCAUUACGAAUGCCCAAGGAUCUAUUGGAUCACUUUAACCAAAAAAGAUCAGAACUCCUAAUCAACUUGAGCAAGAAGAGUCUCAAAACUCUAACCUCAGUCUCAGUUCCUAAAAUUUGUUUAUUCUGUAAGAACUGUAUUUUGCUUUCAUGAUUUUCUGUUUGUUUAAAGGAUCUUCAAGCAAUCAUGGACGAAGCAACACAAGGCGUAGUUUACUUAAGUUUUGGAAGCAACGUAAAAAGUUCAACGUUACUUCCAAAAUUUCUCAGUCUAAUCAGUAAGGUACUAUCAGACUUACCGUAUUUAGUUUUAUGGAAAUGGGAAGUUGACAGUACAAGCCCACACUUAGGGAAAAGCGUUGUUACUAGAAGGUGGUUUCCGCAACAAGACAUUUUAGCUCAUCCAAAUAUAAAAGUUUUUGUGACCCAAGGCGGUCUACAAUCAAUCGAAGAAGCUAUAUCUAGGAAUGUACCCAUGGUAGGUGUUCCAUUUAUUGCUGACCAACCCACGAAUGUAGAACGAAUAUCUGAAUUGAAAAUUGCUGAAAUGAUUGACUGGACAACGGUUACAGAGGAUCAACUUAGAGAUGCCAUAUUGAAAGUAGCCGAAGAACCAGAGUAUAGAGAAAGGAUCAAAAAAAUCCGAGACAUUCUAUUAGAUCAGCCAAUGACGGGACUCGAAAAAGCUGUAUGGUGGACUGAAUAUGUCAUAAGACAUAAAGGAGCAAAACAUUUGAGAAGUAUUUUGGCUGAUACGUCAUUAUGGGAAUAUUUACUUUUAGAUGUAGUUGCGGUUGUAUUAGCCUCGGUUACAGUGACGUUGUAUGUUCUCUAUAAAUUAAUUUCAAUUUGUAGAAGAAAACUUAAAUUUUCUAAAAAAGUUAAAGUUAAAGUAACGUGAUAGAAGUGAUUUUUUUAAAUGUAUUCUUGCUGAAAGAACUUUCUUCUUACAAUAGAUAUUUUUUAGAGAUAUAUUGCCUUCCUAAAAUAUACCUAGUCAUUUACCUUGUUAUAGAGUUUUAAAUAUGUACUUCCGAAAUGCCUUGUUGAAUAUAAUAUGUUGUCAAAAAUGAGGGUUAUUUAUAUUUUAUGUGGCUUUGGGAUGUGGCGGCAUCCCAUCUCCAGAACCUUGAGCUAAGGGACCGUGAAGCUGCUGACUGUGCAUCAGCAUUUCCACGUUAAUAAAAGCCACGCUCAGGCAUCUUCUAUUCUAGGACACAUAAGAUUAUCAAGUCCAAACCAUACCAAAGUCCUUCGGCGAUCGUCAAGUUGCGACUGGAGCAAGAUAGUGCAUUCUGGAAGCUCUUAGUGGCAAACCGUGUGAUCACCGCUUUGCUCAAGGAUUGGCUCUAGAGCAACUCGUGUGCUGUAUCCGUGACUAAGCAGCCCUAUUAGGAUCCGGUCUGCUCACCCUGAAAAAGAAAGAGGCUAUAAACUUACCCUGAACAUAGCUAAGAUGGUGUACAGACUAAGAACUCUAUCCCUUACGAUCUAAAGAUGGCACAAGACUGCUUAAAGAUAGUUCUUCCACUAAUUCUCGUUGGAAGGAACACUUUCAGGAACGACUUAACAGAGAAUCACAAAUCAAUAAUGACUUCUUCAACGAAAUUCCACAGAAACCAAUACAACAAGAACUGAGCGAGGUUCCCAGAUUAGAGGAGGUUGAAAAGGCAAUAAGACAAAUAAAAAACAAUAAGCAAUAAAGCAAUAAGUCAGCUGAAACUGACGAUAUUCCUGCUGAAUUUUGAACAGGAAGGCCCCACACUAAGUGUCCGAACACACAUCUUAAUAAGUAAAAUAUGGAUUACUGAGACCAUACCUGCCGAACUGCCGAACAGAACGUCCCAGAGACACGGUGUGCCUUUAGACCCAACCUAGGUACAGGUGAGAUGAUUUUCAGUGCAAGACGAAUGCAAGAGAAAUCCAGAGAACAAAAUCGCUUUCUAUAUAUGGCCUUCAUAGUGUUAUUUAUACGGAUUCGCAGAUAAGUGAGACUACUUUUUCGAACUUAAGGCAGGGCGCCCACCGAAAUAAACACAAUGACAUAAAAAUCACAUGAAAUUUAACACUACUUUGCACUCCGAACUACUCCAAAUAAAGCUUAUACGGCACGAUUAUUUUCGAAAGUGGUUAUUUAGCUCCGGACUUUACAGUUUUCUGAUUUUGUCGUACGUCAAUCAGAAUUGAUCCUUAGGCGGUGCGCACCGGGGCUUUUAUAAAUAUGUGCGUCCUUCUCUAACACGCUCGAAUUUUCCUGAUUCAGUUCAUCUUGAAAAUAGUCGAAUUUUCUGGCUUCUUUAACUGUAGUUACAGGGGGCAAUCAAAAAGUACGAGUGGCGGGUUUAUAACACUGCCCCCUUACUCAAAGCUGUUCGCCCCGAACAGUUUAUCCCAAUCACAUCCAAGUCGGUGUGCUCUUGCCCUUGUAUAGAGCCAGCCUCUCCAUGUGAACGACCUUGGGCUUGGUUUUGGGUGUAAGUUGUAUCCUGUUACAAAGUCGUUGAUUUUCUUAACGACCUUGUAUGGUCCUUCCCAUGGUCGUUACAGUUUCGGACUAAGU